GCGAUAGUCUUGGAAUAUGGAUGUUUAGAUUUCGAGCCUUUGGGCUACUCGGCCCAAACUUUUAAGAAGGCCCGUGUUUGGCCUUUCAAAUGGUGGACAUGUGUAUGGCGACAGCGUUAAUACAUAGAAAAGUGAAGGAAAAAAUGGUAAAUCUACAUCCAUUUUAGUUAGCGGAAGCGGUUACAUUUGAAAGGUCGGUACUAUUCUAAGUCAGAAAGAGAAACACGAAGGGAGGCAAAAGCAGCGAAGAACAACGGCAUUACAUUGCAUUGCUGUUUACUCUCUCUUUCUCUUUCUCAAAAUGCACUGUUGAAAAUCCUUUUUUUUUUUUUUUUUUUUACUUUCGGUUGAGUUUGUUUUAUUUUUUUUUAUCUCAUUUCACGGAAUUUGAUGCAUCAUUUUUAGCUGUUUUUCCGAAGUUUUUGGAUCCGUUUAUUGGCCAAAAUUUUGUUUCUUUAAAAAAAAAAGGGAAAUUUUAAAAUUUUCAAAGUUUAAUCUGUCGAUUGCAUUUGAAGGUCGAAGCGUUUUCAUUGAGAUUUCUCUUUGCUUUUUGCUGCUUGAAUUGAAGCUCGAAGAUAAGCGACGGGAAAACAGAGAAAAAGGCUUCGAAGCGGUAACAACGACGUGAUUUCAGUGAAAUUUGGGAAAAAAGGGAACAAUAGAGAGGCCUUUACCUUGAAACAAAGGCAAAUUUUGUUAUUUGUUUGUGAAGAGAAAGAGAGGAAAAAUUAAAGGUGAAGAAAAGAGAGAAAUGGGAUCAAUGAGUGAUGAGUUGGAAAUUCAGGAACAAGGAGAGAAAAUCUUUGUUUCGGUUAGGUUAAGGCCAUUGAACGAGAAAGAAAGGGCAAGGAACAGUAUAACUGAUUGGGAAUGCAUUAACAAUGACACCAUUGCUUUCAAGAAUAGCUCGCCCGAACGCUCCAUGUUCCCAGCCGCCUAUACAUUUGACAAAGUAUUUGCCUGUGACUGCGUUACAAGUCAAGUGUACCAGGAAGGAGCCAAACACAUUGCACUUUCAGUACUCGAUGGUGUCAAUUCAAGCAUAUUCGCAUAUGGGCAAACCAGCAGUGGAAAGACAUAUACAAUGAGGGGAAUCACUAAAUAUGCAGUAGAGGAUAUAUAUGACUACAUAGAGAGGCAUGAAGAAAAGGAGUUUUUGGUGAAAUUCUCUGCCAUGGAGAUAUAUAAUGAAGCCGUAAAAGACCUCCUUAGCUCUGGUAGUACCCCACUCAGACUCCUAGAUGAUCCAGAGAGGGGAACGGUUGUGGAGAAACUUACGGAGGAGACUCCAAGAGACAGGGACCAUAUUCACGAGCUCCUGUCAAUCUGUGAAGCUCAAAGGCAGAUAGGGGAGACCUCUUUGAAUGAAACUAGCUCGAGAUCACAUCAGAUUUUGCGGCUGACAAUUGAAAGUUCUGCUCGUGAAUAUGCUGGAGCUGGAAAUUCAAGCAUUCUUGCAGCUUCUGUGAAUUUUGUUGAUUUGGCAGGAAGUGAGCGAGCCUCUCAGACCUUAUCUGCUGGUGCAAGAUUAAAAGAAGGCUGCCACAUAAAUCGGAGUUUGCUAACUCUUGGAACUGUGAUUCGCAAAUUAAGCAAGGGAAGAAAUGGCCAUGUACCUUAUAGAGACUCUAAGCUGACACGCAUACUCCAGAAUUCCUUAGGAGGCAAUGCCAGAACAGCCAUCAUUUGUACUAUGAGUCCUGACCGCAGUCAUGUCGAGCAAUCAAGAAACACUCUCUUGUUUGCAAGCUGUGCUAAAAAGGUAACAACUAAUGCACAGGUCAACUUGGUUAUGUCAGAUAAGGCAUUGGUAAAGCAAUUGCAAAGAGAAUUGGCUAGACUGGAGAAUGAAAUGAGGAGCUUGGGAUCAGCUUCAGUCAAACGUGAUACUGCUAAUUUGCUGAGAGAGAAAGAGCUACUCAUUGGACAGAUGGCCAAAGAGAUAGAAGAAUUGACUCGUCAACGUGAUCUUGCCCAAUCUAGAGUUGAGAAUUUGCUACUGUCAGUUAGAGAAGUUCAAAUGUUAAGCCAAGGGGAAUAUUCGUUAUCACAUUCAUCAGAAGUGGCCAAGGUUCCCUCUACGGUUGGUUGCAACAAACGUAGGGAUACUGUUGCACGCAGCGUUCCUAAUGCCCACAACCAAUAUCCAGGGCUUCCCGAAAAAUCUGAAGAGGAUUUUCUGCUCGAUGGCAUCACUCCGAAGUUUAUUGGGCCUGAUCCAUGCAAAGGUUGGGAGGAGAUUGCUCAAAAAAUGGAUGAAGAAUUUGAAGAUAACUGCAAGGAAGUUCGAUGCAUUGAAGAUUCAAGCAUUAAGAUGAAUGAAAAUGCAGAAGUUUCCUCUUUGAGUCCUGACAACAAUGAAGGAAAAUUAGCCAUGGAGGAGGCCAUUGUCAAGAAAAUGGAAACUGAUGAGUUAUCUGUUCAUCCUGAGGAACAAGAAGGAAAACCGGCCAGGACAGAAGCCGUUAUCAAGGAAGUAGAAGCUGAUAAUUUAUCAACUGCUCCUGAGGAAGAGGAUCGGAAAGUAGUCUUGACAGAGGUCCUUCUCAAGAAAACAAGAGCUGGUGAGUUCCUGACUGAUCAUGAGGAUAUUGAAGGAAAAUUAACCGUGACAGACUCAAGUAUUGAUAAGCAGGAAGGUGAUGGCAGCUCCACUGAUCCUGAGGAAAAUCAAGGAAAACUAGACCUGACUAUAACCGUGGACGAAAAUGUAGUAUCAUCCCCACGAAAGGAAGAUUUGCAAUCAAGUCAUGUCUACACAGAUGAAACUUACAAGGCUUUGAAACAAAAAAUUGAGGAACUGCAAAGGACUGUCAAAUUUCUUGUCAGUAUUCAUCAUCUAGAGCAGUCGCCUUGUUUUUCAGAUGCAUCUAGCUCUGGUAGCACAAGCAUGACCAGAAGCAAAAGCUGCAGGGCGGUUGUCACAACUGUGCCAUCUUCACCUUCCUUUGAGAAAGCAGAACGGAAAGAAAGCACACCCCCUUCCACUGGAGUUGAAAAAGAAUUCCUUGAAAGACCAAGAAGCCUUUACCAAAAGCUUUCUGGACUGAAAUAUGACAACAGAAAUGGAAAUAUGUCCAGAAGAAAUUCUCAAACUUCUCUUAGUAGUAUUUCUGGGGAAGCACAAAGUCUGAAAGACUUAGAUGUGGAAGACACUUUUAAUGCAAUUGAUAUUCUUCCACGACCAUGGAAGUCAUUUUCCAAUGAUUCUGUGAAAAAAACUUCCUCCUCCACUGAUUUUGCUGCAUCUGGCAGUGAAAAGAAACUGCAGUCAGAAGAGCAAAUUGAUAACAAUUCGGCACAGGAAACCACAGAUACUACUGAUAAUUCCAGGGAAAUAAUAAAGGAUUCCAUGCAACUGCACUCUGGUUGGCCCUCAGAAUUUGAGAAGCAGCAGAGAAAGAUAAUUGAACUUUGGGAUGCAUGCAACGCACCAUUAAUCCACAGAACCUAUUUCAUCUUGCUUUUCAAAGGCGAUCCUUCCGAUUCAGUGUAUAUGGAGGUAGAGCUCAGAAGAUUGUCUUUUCUAAAAAACUCAAUGUCAUACGCAGCCAAUGUUCGCAAAGAUAGUCCCAUUGACACAACAGCUUCUAGGUAA